UGCUUGGGGUCCCCAGGCACGACAGUGAGCCGACUGAAGGGGGUUGGGGGGCAUUUGCUGGGCUGGGUCCUGUUCCGCCGCGCGGAGGAACAGACGACGCCACAGCUCUGGUGUUGUCCGCCUGUGGCCAGUGCCGGAGUCCGAACUGCCCUCUCCUCACCCAGGUGCAGGGGCAGCCAGGGAGGAGGAGGCGGGAGGGGCCGAGGGCAGGGGCAAGGCCAAGCCAGGCGGCCCCACGGUGAUCCAUCGGUGCCUCACGGACACAGGUUGAGGCUGGGCGCUCCCGGCGUAGCUGCCUCCGUUCAGGGGCUGCAGAAGCCGAUGGUGGCUUCAGUGGCUUCGCUGAACAGAGGGAACCUCCGCCUCGGUGGGAACAGCGGGAUGUUCGAAGGGCGCUGGUCACAGAGGUCCUUGGGAGCAGAGGCCAGGGGCAGGGAGCUUGAAAAGCAGAAGGGCCCCACACUCCCAGGGCGCUCCACCCAUCUGGGCCCCUCCGCUGCCACCGGCCCGGAGUGGGGGGCCGUGACGCCAUAAUCCCUUGGGCCCAGGGCUGGAGGCUGAGUGGCACCGCAGGCCCCCGCCCCCGGGUCCCGUGGGCUGGGCCGGCCUCGGUGCGGCUGGGUGCACGCAGUCGGAGGCGGCGCCGGCCAGGCCGCCGGGCGCCUAUGGACGCGCGGAGCCCGCUGUCUCCCCGGGCCAGCGCGUUCAGCAUCGCCUCUCUGGUUGCAGCAGAGGCCGUAGAGCGCACAGCUCGCCUGGGUGCCCGGUUCUCCGACCAGGCGAAGCUUCGCCGGCUGCUGGGAUCCCCCGCCGGGAUGCACUUCAGCACGGUCACCAGGGAUAUGGAAGGUGAGCUUCCCCGCUGUGUCUGCCGGCAAGACCCCCUGCCACAGCUGCUGUGGGGCCCUAGCAAAGAGUUUUGGCAGGGCCCUGGCACAGAGUGGGUAGAGGGAGCUCUGGCGGGGUGGGCUCCAGGCUUCCACUCGCCCGCCCGGCCCGACGGCUGCGCCCCGCCCGCCCCGCCUGCCGCCCGCGGAGGGGCGCGGGCCCCUGGGGAGGCCCCGGGUCUCCGGCAGGUUCGGCGAGAAGGGGCCGGGAGGGUCCGAGCGCGGGCUUGUGCCUCCUUCCCGCCAGGACCGUUGGAGCGCUCGCGGGUCCCCUCUGCCGUCCCGACCCGCCGCGCUUACCCCUCGGCCCUCCCCGCAGAGGCGGCCGAGGCUCGGCGAGAAUUCGAGCGCGACGCGGGUGGACCGGCCGUGCUAGGGGACCCGGCGCACCCGCCUCAGCUGCUGGCACGGGUGCUGAGCCCAGCGCUGCCCGGGGCCGGUGGCGCUGGCGGUCUCGUCCCGCUGCCCGGUGCACCCGGAGGCCGGCCCAGCCCUCCGCACCCGGAGCUGCGCCUGGAGGCGCCAGGCGCGUCGGAGCCGCUGCACCACCACCCGUAUAAGUACCCGGCCGCCGCCUACGACCAUUACCUCGGGCCCAAGAGCCGGCCGGCGCCCUACCCGCUGCCGGGCCUGCGCGGCCACGGCUACCACCCGCACACGCACGCGCAUCCGCACCACCACCACCCCGCCGUGAGCCCAGCCGCCGCCGCUGCCGCCGCCGCCGCCGCCGCUGCCGCCGCCGCUGCCAACAUGUACUCGUCGGCCGGGGCCGCGCCGCCCGGCUCCUACGACUACUGCCCCAGAUAAUGCGGGCGCCCGCUGGCCGCUCCCCGCCCGGGGUCCCCGCACAGCCCUGAGGGCCGUCGGGGUUCCCGUCCACCCAGCCCCAAGGGCCUUCCAAGAACACGUUCCCCCAAGCCCCGGGGGCCAGUGCGGGUCUCCCCUUCCCCAGCCUCGAAGCCAUCGGGGUCCUCCACCUUCCAGCCCUGACAGCUGUCGAAGUAUAUGGUUCCCCAGUCCCGGGAGCCACCGCGGGUCCCUCCCCAGCCCCGAGGGCCACGGGGUCCGCGCCCGCCAGUGCCAAAGCGCCCGGUCAGCGGCGGAAGGAAGUGAUAUUUAUUGUUCUCCGCGAGACCGUGUCGCCCCCCCUCCCCGGCCCGGCCGGCAGUUGCAGUGUAGACGAUCCGAGAGCCCGUCUGCAGGCGGUGUAGAUACGUGUAGAUAUUUGUAGAUACUGUAGAUACCGCGCCGGCGCCGACUUGAUAAAGGUUUCGCCUCUUUUGGAAGCUG